AUGACUGACAUUGACCAAUUGGCUAUUUCCACCAUCCGUUUGUUGGCCGUUGACAUGGUCGGCAAGGCCAACUCCGGCCACCCGGGCGCUCCUUUGGGCUUGGCUCCUGCUGCCCAUGCACUUUUCAAGCAAAUGAAGUUCAACCCAAGAAACCCCAACUGGAUCAACAGAGACCGUUUUGUCUUGUCCAAUGGUCACGCAUGUGCCUUGUUGUACUCCAUGUUGCACUUGUACGGUUACGGCUUGACCCUUGAUGACUUGAAGGAGUUCAGACAGUUGAACUCGAAAACCCCAGGUCACCCAGAAAUGCACGACACUCCAGGUGUUGAAGUGACCAGUGGUCCUUUGGGUCAAGGUAUUUCUAACGCUGUUGGUAUGGCCAUUGCUCAAAAGCAGUUUGCCGCUACCUACAACAAGGAAGACUUUGUCAUCUCUGACAACUACACUUACGUCUUUUUGGGCGAUGGUUGUUUGAUGGAGGGUGUUUCUUCGGAGGCCUCUUCCUUGGCUGGCCACUUGAAGUUGAACAACUUGAUUGCCUUCUGGGACGACAACAAGAUCUCCAUUGACGGUUCUACCAACGUUGCCUUUACUGAAGAUGUCAUCAAGCGUUACCAUGCUUACGGCUGGAACACACUUGAAAUUUCUCACGGUGACACCGACUUGGAUGGUGUUGCCAAGGCCAUUGAACAAGCCAAGGCCAGCGACAAGCCAACUUUGAUCAGAUUGACCACCACCAUUGGUUUUGGUUCUCUUCAAGCUGGUACUCAUGGUGUCCACGGUGCGCCAUUGAAGGCUGACGACAUCAAGCAAUUGAAGGAGAAAUUUGGAUUCAACCCAGAAGAAACCUUCAAGGUUCCUCCAGAAGUGUACGAGGACUAUGCCAAGCACGUUAAGGCCAACCAGGAAAUUGAGGCCAAGUGGUACCAGACUUUUAAUGAGUACAAGGCCAAAUACCCUACCGAGGGUGCUGAAUUGGCUAGAAGAUUGGAUGGUAAGUUGCCUGAAAACUGGACCGAGGCUUUGCCAACCUACACUCCUGAAGACAAGCCAUUGGCUACCAGAAAGUUGUCCGAAAUGCUCUUGUCUAGCGUCUUCCCUAAGGUUCCAGAACUCAUUGGUGGUUCUGCUGAUUUGACUGGUUCGAACUUGACCAAGGCCGCCAACUCUGUUGACUUCCAAGACCCAAGCACUAAGUUGGGUGACUACUCUGGUCGUUACAUCAGAUACGGUGUCAGAGAGCAUGGUAUGGGUGCCAUCAUGAAUGGUAUCGCUGCCUUCGGUGCCAACUACAAGAACUACGGUGGUACCUUCUUGAACUUCGUCUCUUACGCAGCUGGUGCUGUGAGAUUGUCGGCAUUGUCCCACCUUCCAGUUACAUGGGUCGCUACUCACGACUCGAUUGGUUUGGGUGAGGAUGGUCCAACUCACCAGCCUAUCGAGACUUUGGCCCACUUGAGAGCUAUUCCUAACUUGUCUGUCUGGAGACCAGCUGACGGUAACGAAGUGUCUGCCGCUUACAAGAGUGCUAUUGAGUCUACCUCUACCCCACACGUUAUCGCUUUGACCAGACAAAACUUGCCUCAAUUGGAGGGCUCUUCUAUUGAGGCUGCUUCCAAGGGUGGUUACACCUUGGUUAAGGCUGAGAACCCAGACAUCAUUAUUGUUGCUUCUGGUUCUGAAGUUUCGCUUUCUGUGAAUGCUGCCAAGGUCUUGGGUGAACAAGGUUUCAAGGUUAGCGUUGUCUCUAUGCCAGACUUCUUGACUUUUGACAAGCAACCUCAAAGCUACAGAUUGUCUGUGUUACCAGACGGCGUCCCAAUCUUGUCUGUAGAGGUGAUGUCCUCUUUUGGUUGGUCCAAGUACUCUCAUGAGCAAUUCGGUUUGAACAGAUUUGGUGCUUCGGGUAAGGCUGAUGAUCUUUUCAAGUUCUUCGAGUUCACUCCAGAAGGCGUUUCUGAGAGAGCUGCUAAGACCAUCCAAUUCUACAAGGGUAAGCCAAUUCUCUCGCCAUUGAACAGAGCCUUUUAA